AUGGCAAGCGUUGGAAAGAUUGAACAAGAGUUGACGAAGGCAGGAAAGCAGCUACAGAAGGCGGAGAACGAGGUGACGACAUUUAAGGAGAGUAAAAGUGGACGGCGACUGAAAGAGUUGGAGGAAAAACAGUUGGAGGAAGAUCUUGAUGAACGAGAGGCAAGAACGUUGGCCUGGCUGGAAGAGAAGGAGAAGGAUCUGAAGAAGGACGUUCGGGACCGUUUGGAGCAGGUGGAGGAGCUGCAGCGAGCCCUUGCAUCCUUCACAACCCAAACAGUUACAGAAAGCCGACCCCGCUCGCCGAUUACUGAAUUAGAGAGCUCGUCUAAGCGUGCAAGGACCCACCAAACUAGACAAAAAAAUCUUGAAGUUCUCGCUGGCAUUGCGCCUAGUAAUUACGCCACUUCUAAAUAUGCCGAACACAUCCCUGGCAUAGCUAUUCACCAUCACAGACCCGCAAGCCUUACUAAUAUCCCAGUCAGGUUUUAUUGCGAAAUUUUCGAGAAAUUUCAAAAUCUAUUUGGCGGUGAUGUUGAUAUGCCUCCAGAUGUCAAAGAAACAUAUACACAGCUCGUGUGGGAACUAGCUGCUCAACUAUCAGAUCUCGAGUCUGUGGAAGCGAAGCGUGAAGAUAUUUUCAGAAAACUCCUGGAUUACCUUUUGGGUAAUCUCACUCCGGCAUUGGCGACAGAAAAUUUCGUUGAUCAACAUUUUAGGACGGAUGGCACGGUUUUCAAGAUCAUUUCCGCCACGCGGUUUCUAAUCCUCAAUCUGGAGGUGAAGACAGACUGGGGGACUCAGCACAAUUCUUAUCUACAGAAUGCUGCACAUUAUGUUAAGAUUCUGUCAGCACGUAUGGAGGAAUACGGAGAUUAUGCUGAAAAUACUUCUUUGCCAUCAUUCCUCCUCACUUUAGAUGGUACACACCUCAUGAUCUGCGGUGCGGUCGUGGCUGAUUUUGUCUGCGUGGACAAACUCACUCCAUCAAUUCCACUCGAUAUGACGCUCUAUGACAACGGCAUUGCUGAGAUUGCAGUUCGCGCCUUGUGGGCUCUCGUGUCCUGUGUGGACGAUCUCCAAAAGCACUACCAAGAUCUCAUAAACGGUCUGACAAUUCCCAGUAAAUUCACCAAUGGACUUUACCCGCGGUUUCCAGAAAACAUCACAUAUUUGCAGAGAAUAGGAACAAAAAAUCUCUGGCUCGCCAAAAUGGAGGGUAAUCAAUCUCGAUAUGUUGUUAAAUUUACACGACGGUACGGCAAAGUUGCCCAUGAGACAUGCUCAGAACUUGGGUUCGCUCCUAUACUAAGGUACUUUGAGGAACUUUUUGGGGGCUGGAAAUUGGUCAUCAUGGAUUACUUGGAAGGUGUAUUUCAUAAUAAAGGCUUUGUUCAUGGAGAUCUUCGUAGCGUGAAUAUUCUUUUUGGAUCAACUGGUGAUGUGAAGUUUGUCGAUUUUGAUUGGGCUGGAAAGGACGGCGAAGCUCGAUAUCCAGAAAGCCUGAAUCCCCAGAUCAACUGGCACAAGGAAGUUGGGCUCCACAAGCCCAUACGUUCUAGUCAUGAUCUCCACCUUGUGGAGGUUACCUUCAAUCCCCCAAUUGAAACUGUCAGGAAGG